AUGGCUUUGUUGCUGAUAGAACAACCGCAGCAUUCAGUGGAAAAGGAAUCCAGUAGGUUGCCUCAAGGGCUGAGGGCGAGAUGGCGGCGCUGGGCCGUCUCGGCCUCGCUCGGCUACGGCGUGCUGGCCCUGAGGCCCAGCGCGGUGACAUCUGUUCACAGCCAGCUGCUCCAUCAGACACCGGCAGCUGACCAUGCUGACAGUUCUCUCCAAGUCCAGCAAAAGAGCUCAGCUGUUGUCCAGAGAAAGUCCUACGUCCCCUCUAGCAGGGGGGAGUAUGUUGUCGCCAAACUCGAUGACCUGAUCAACUGGGCACGAAGGAGCUCCUUGUGGCCGAUGACGUUUGGCUUGGCGUGCUGCGCCGUGGAGAUGAUGCACAUGGCAGCUCCUCGCUACGACAUGGACCGCUUCGGGGUGGUUUUCCGCGCCAGCCCCCGCCAAGCUGAUGUCAUGAUCGUGGCGGGCACCCUGACGAACAAAAUGGCUCCGGCUCUGCGAAAGGUCUACGACCAGAUGCCAGAGCCUCGCUACGUGGUCUCCAUGGGGAGCUGUGCCAACGGUGGGGGUUACUACCACUACUCCUACUCGGUGGUGAGGGGGUGCGACCGCAUUGUGCCGGUGGACAUCUACGUGCCAGGUUGCCCACCUACGGCAGAAGCUUUGCUGUAUGGAAUCCUGCAGCUUCAGAAGAAAAUCAAACGAGAGAAGAAGAUUCAGAUCUGGUACAGGAAAUAGCCUCUUAUUUAUGACCUACCCACUUACUGCCCACCGGGGGCACCUGCUUGCUUUCUUACGCACAAAACAACAAGUAUUGUCACAAGCCUUCCAAUAAACCAAUACGUGGUUAAGA